GGGCGGGCUGAGUGCGGCGGCCACUCCUGGCCGAGGGACGAUUGCAUACCGUGGAAGUUCCGGCCGAGGGGGCGGCCCGCCGGAUCGAGGUGCGCCCAGGCAGGACCUCGGGAGGUUUCCGCCGAGGUCGCUUGGGCAGGGCCGGCGGUGCGGAGAUUUCAGGGGGAUCUGCCUGGCUAAGGGUCGGCCCGGACCGGCCUGGGGGCGUGGGAGAAGCGGCGAGCUGUGUCUGCAGUCCUGGGCGGCCAGAGUUCGCGGGCCCAGGGGUCAGCGAGGACUUGGCAGGCCUACCCCGUAGGCUGGGGACGAAGGGGUGGAAAGGUCAGCAGACUGGCUGUGCCCUCAGUAGCUCAGGCCCACCCGCACCCACCUCUACCCCCCCACACACACACACACACGUUCUCUGGCCCUGUGGGCCUUGUCGGAUGGGGGACCGCACAGCCUGUCCCAGGUGAGGCUCGACACCUGCUGGGCCCGGGAAGCUGGCCCGCUGGGACCUGCCUGCUUGCACUACUCAGCUCUCAGCCGCACCUGGGCCCUGGGUCUGCCAAUUUGGGGACUUUCCGUGUAACUCUGGGCAGUCGGGCAUGCUUUGGGUCGUGAUGCAGAAUGCCCAGCCUCUGACCAGCAACUUAUGUGAGCGACUUCACUCAUGGCUCCAGGAGGCCACUCCAGGAACUCAUUAAUGCCGUCCGUCACCUGUCCACCCUUCACAUCCCUUGGGCAAUAGAAGUUAAUGGAGUGACUUCAUGCCACUGAAUGGGUCUACGUGUGGGUCCACUCCCUCUGACGGUGAGCUGAGGGAGGCCCAGGCCAGCGCAGCCCCUCAGGUCCUGAGUCUUCUUCCUUCAGAUCCUGUUUCCCAGGAUGGCAUCUGCACUCAGGCCUCCAGCUCCCCAGUGGGCAUGGCCCCGGGGCAGCGCCCACCUGUUGUUGCAGGAGGCAGUGUCGCUGACCUUCCAGGACGUGGCCGUGUACUUCUCUCGUGAGGAGGGUCAGCAGUUGGGCCCCGACCAGCGGGCACUGUACAGGGACGUGAUGCUGGAAAACUACAGGCACGUGGCCUCGCUGGGACUCCCUUUCCCUAAGCCAGAGCUGAUCUCCCAGCUGGAACAAGGUGAAGAGCUUUGGGUCCUGGGUCUCAUGGGAGCUGAGGAGCCUGAGGCCUUGAGUAGCUGCAGGACAGGUUCUGAGAUUAGGACUGAAAAGGAACUAUCUACUGUAAGCCAGACAUGUUCUGAAGAAGUAAAAACCCUAGAGUUGAUAUCAAGAAGAUUCUCGAGGCAUACUCCACAAAUCUCUGAGUUGCAGGAAGCUUGGGACCAUGAGAAUAAACAAGGACACCUGGGAAAUUCUGCUGGGCAGAGUUUGAAGAAACUCCAUCCUCACAAGACAGUUUUUAGGAAAGAAACUGCCACGUGUAGGGAAAGACCUCCAGGAAAAACAACCCAGGAGUGUGGUGCAUUUGAUGGGAACUUGAAUCUGAACCAAAAUGUUGUUAGACUUCAAAGAAAUAAAACAGGAGAGAGAGCCUUUAAAUGUGAUAUAUGCAGCAAAACCUUCAAAUACAGCUCAGACCUAAGUAGACAUCACAAAAGUCACAAUGGGGCAAAGCCUUAUGAGUGUGAUCAAUGUGGGCGAGCCUUUACUCACAGCUCAAGCCUUAUUCUGCACCAUCGCGUUCACACUGGAAUUAAACCAUUUAAAUGUAAUGAAUGUGGGAAGACUUUUGGUCUCAACUCCUACCUCCUUCUCCAUCAGAGAAUUCAUACUGGAGAAAAACCUUUUGGGUGUAGUGAAUGUGGGAAGGCUUUCAGUCGAAGCUCCACUCUUAUUCAACAUCGUAUCAUUCACACAGGAGAGAAACGUUACAAGUGUAAUGAAUGUGGAAAAGCCUUCAGCCAGAGCCCACAGUUAACACAGCAUCAGAGGAUCCACACUGGCGAGAGACCCCACGCAUGUGACCAGUGCGGGAAGGCCUUCAGUCGAAGCUCCAGCCUCAUUCAGCAUCACAGGAUCCACACUGGGGAGAAGCCCCACGUGUGUAACGUGUGUGGGAAGGCCUUCCGUCAGAGCUCCAGCCUUUUCCUCCAUCACAGGGUUCACACUGGGGAGAAGCCCUAUGUUUGUCAUGCGUGUGGAAGAGCAUUCGGUUUUAACUCUCACCUCACUGAGCACGUGAGGAUUCACACUGGGGAGAAGCCCUAUGUUUGUCAUGCGUGCGGCAGAGCCUUUAGCCGGAGCUCAACUCUUGUUCAGCAUCGCAGAGUUCACACUGGGGAGAAACCUUAUCAGUGUAUUGAAUGUGGAAAAGCCUUCAGCCAGAGCUCACAACUCACCCUACACCAGAGAGUUCACACUGGCGAAAAGCCCUACGAAUGUGGAGACUGUGGGAAGGCUUUCAGCCGGAGGUCAGCCCUCACUCAGCAUCAGAGGAUCCACACUGGCGAGAGCCCUCGUGCAUGCAGAAAGUGUGGUCCAGCCUUUGUUCACGGCUCCAGCCUUAGGCCACAUGGACAGAUUCACACCGGAGAGAACCACUCUGUGUGUGAUGUACACAGCAGAGCCCUCAGCCAUGGCACAAACCUUGUUCUACAUUGGACAAUUCACAAACGCUUUGUGUUUUCACAAUCAUUUGGUGUGUAGCCUUUUGAACUAGCUUCUUUCACUUAACAUACUGGUGAUUCAUCUGUGACGUUGCAUGUCCUAAUAGUUCCUUCCUUUUUACUGCUGACCGGCACCCCGUUAUAUGGAUGUGGCAGUUUGUUUAUCCGUUCUCCCCCGAAAGGUAUUUGGGUUGCCUCAUCUGGGGCAAGGAUGAGUAAAGCUGCUGUAAGCAUU